AUGGUUAUGUCCCAGAUCCAUUCCGUGAUCCAAUCCACCAUAGCCUCCGCCAAAUCCUCCAAAUACGCCGCCGCAACGGCCAACGACGCCGUCCCUUCCUGGAAGCCCCACGUGUCCUCCGGGUUCGGGACCAAGGGGAGGGAGGCGGAGGACCCGGCCACCAAGGCCGAGAUGAAGGCCAUGGCGGCCAUGGCGCUGUGGCAGUUGGCCAAGAACAACCCUUCCAUCUGCAAGAGCAUCACCGAGCCCCGCGCCCUCCUCUGCUUCGCCGUCCUCCUUGAGAAGGGCUCCGGCGACGUGCGCUACUACUCUGCCAUGUCCAUCAUGGAGAUCGCCCGCGUCGCCGAGCACAACCCCGACCUCCGCCACUCUGCCUUCAAGCCCACCUCGCCUGCCGCCAAGGUGGUCGUCGACCAGCUCCUCCGGAUCGCCGACAAGGGCGUCUUCGACGAUCUUCUGAUUCCCAGCAUCACCGCUCUCGGCUGCCUGUCGAAGACCUUCCGGGCGACGGAGACACGGAUCAUCGGGCCUCUGGUGCGGCUGCUGGGCGAGAGGGAAGCCAUCGUGUCGAGGGAGGCGGUGAUUGCCCUGACCAAGUUCGUGUGCAAGGAGAAUUUCCUUCACGUCGAGCAUUCCAAGGCCAUCAUCGAAGUCGGAGGGGCCAAGCACCUCGUCCAGCUGGUGUAUUUUGGGGAGCAGCUCCAGACCGAGGCGUUGAUUCUCUUAUGUUACAUCUCCCUCAACGUGCCGGAGAGUGAGGAUCUUGCGCAGGCCGGGGUCCCUGCGGUCCUCGCCUGGGCUUCGAAGCAGGGGCACUUGGUGCAGGACUCCAGGGUGGACUCCUCCUUGCCGGAGGCCAAAGGUCGAAUGGAGCUCUAUCAGUCAAGAGGAUCUCGAUGA